AUGUUGGGCGCAAUCUCCAUAGCUCCACCUUCAACGGUUACAUUCCCCGCAAAGCUGCUCUCGCCAAUCCCCAAGUCCUCGUUCAAUGGCCUGCGAUUCCAACGCGCUUGCCCGAACACUGUCGUUCGUCUCCCAACGGCGUCGUUUCGGAGGCCUUGCUCGUCGUCUUCGGUGGUGAUGAUGGCCAAGAGAGAAGAAGAGAUGAAGGAAAUCAGAACCAAAACCACCGAAGAAAUCAACGAGGAGGUGGUUGAGCUCAAAGGUGAGCUCUUCAUGCUUCGCCUCCAGAAAUCGGCUCGCAACGAGUUCACAUCCAGCGAGUUCCGUCGAAUGCGCAAAAGGAUUGCUCGCCUGCUUACUGUUAAACGAGAAAGAGAGAUUGAGGAGGGAAUCGGUAAGAGGUUGUCAAGGAAGUUCGAUCGACAAUGGAAGAGGAGCAUUGUUGUCAAACCACCUCCGUCAUUGAUUAAGUUGCAAGAGGAAGAAGCAGCUGCAGAAGCUGCUGAGAAGGCUGCAUGA